AUGAAACCUUCAAAAUAACAAUAAUAACUUCAAUAACCUUUAGCUUAAACCAAAUAAAACUAUAUUUCUAAAAACUAAUAAAAUGAAAAAAUGCCUAUCCAAAAAGAACAUAAAUCUGGCUUAGUUUAAUAUAAGCCAUAAAAUAUAUAAAAUACUUCCUUUAUAAGAAUAAUUGAGUAUGAUUAAAAUGAAAACAAGUAAAUUUGUAUUAUAUAAAUAAGAGAGAAUUAGUAUUAAAAACUCUUAAGAAGAAUGGACUUGUAAAAGUAAGUUGAUGAAAAUUAAACUUAGGAGAAAUCUUAAAAAUUAAAAAAAAAACAGCCUCUAGAAGUCGAAUAAAAUUUAAAGUAGAGAUCGUAUUCUGCUUUACCAGUUUUAAAAAGAUGGAGUCCAACUGAAAAGAUAAAUUAAACACAUAGCAAUCAAUUUUGGAAACAAUACAAUUAAUAAGAUGAAUUCAAUUCUUCUAUUCAGAACUUAGAUAAAAAAUAAUUAUAUUUUGCUUACUUUUGGAUUGAUAAAGACUUCAAUUCAUUUAUGCCUACAUUUUGCGCUUUAAAUUAAGUAUAAUCUUUAAUUUAUUAUUUAGUAAAAUGUUGAUAAAUGUUAUAACUAAUUAAUGCAUCUAUUAAAAUAUAACGUUGAUGAUUGA